GUACAGUUGCAUGUAAAUAAAUGGCCUCUGAAAAUUUUCUAAAUCUAUAAGUAAAUACACAAAUAUGUGACUCUUAAAGAACAUAAAUGAUAAAUUAUAAACAGGAUUAUGUAUGAACAACGGAAGAAUACUUUUGGCCGUCUUUUAUAUUCAAAAAAUGUCACCUUAUUUAUAAACAGUAAUUUCUGAAAGCACACACGAAAAAUAAAUAAAAUGAAACUUUUCAACUGAGUGACAGUCUUGAUCUGAAGUUUUCUUAGAAUCUCAUAAUAUCCCUCAAUAUGGGAUCAAAAUAAGAAUACCAUGACUUUACGAAACAAACUCACAGUGAAAUAAAUCAACUUACAAUGUUGAGUCAACUCGCGAAAGGCGAAGGAACUUGGAAUGGAGCGUUGGAUUUUGAACGACCAACUCAGAGUCUUAGCCCAAGGGCUUUCCACAAGUUACCAAAAGAAAACACUUUUCCCGAUAUCAGCAAUCCAUCUCAAGCCUGGACAUCAACAGAGGAUCAUCGCCAUGGUAUCACGAUCUCUCCUCGGCUCAAAUCUGCAAUAUCUUCUUUUAGCCAGGGACAAAUUGAAAAACCCAAUGGGGAACUAGUCUUACCGAAAACUUACACUACCCGAAAAGGUGCUUUGUUGCUCUUUGCGGGUCCAAAUGAUAUUGACAAUGUAAUGCAUAAAAAACAGAAUAAGUUGCUACGGAAACGGAAGAAGGCUGGACAGAAAACUGUAUAUGAUGUUAGCGCUAAGUUGGGCACCAUGGAUAGAUUGGCAAAGUCUGUAUUGGUCUAUGGAGAUGAGGAAUUUGAUGAAGAAGAUGCAAGUAUCUCAGACCCUAAGGGAAAGAUCAUGUUGCGUUUCCUGCACUCCCUGGAUGACAAAAUGGCGGACCUGCGGGCUCAGCCUGGUGGGGACUUCAACUUUUACCUCAGGGACAUCAAAUCAAGGGCAAGUGCAAGAUCCAGACUGACGCAGCCAAGUCAGGCAGAAAUCGACCCAGCGCAAGAAUUACAAGAAGCCAUGGAACAAGUCAACCAGUUUGUUCCUACACCAAUAGAGGGCAGUGCUGCUGGUGAUGCCGCAUCACGUUUGACGACUCCAAUAUCAGAGAGAUUCUGUGAGUCUCUCGCCAGUCAGUUUGUGCGGCCAACGUCUCAAAUGUCAGCAGCUAGAUCAGGGGCGGAGUCACAGCAAAGGCCUCUCUCAGCUCAAAGCAACACAAGUACACAGAGGUCAUUCCAAGUAUUGUCGGCAAACAAGUUAGCGGCAUCCCUGCAGUCCAGACAUCACAUAGGUGGCGCUUCAUCCACCCCACUCAUCAAUCGGACUGGACUUGACGGUGAGAGACGUGCUAUGUCUACGAUACCUCCAAAUGUCCAGAUAAACUACACGAAGCCUGACCCUGGAACUGCAGCACGCCCUACUUCACCCUCGCACCACGGUUCUCACACAGGCUCAAGGCCACACUCGGCCAUACUCUCACGACCUGGUUCCUCAAGGUCAAGGUCAAACAUAGGGUCAAGGCCAAAAUCCGGUCAUAGUUUACAUGGUGAGAUGGCAGCGCAUGUUAGUGUCUACUCUAGAGCUAGCACUGAUAAAAUUGCUGAUCAGCAACUUCAGCAAUAUUAUGCUGAAAAUCUGCAUGGUUCACAUCCUGGUAGUCGCACUAGUAGCAAGCUAUCCAAUCAAAACCCGCAUGCUCCUUCAUUUCCUCUUCAGCCAAUUGUAGGUCAUGACACACCACAUAUAGCUGAUGGUAGAUUCCCGGAGGAUGAACCAGGAAGUAUUGAUCCGUCUCUUAUGAAUGAUGAUGAGAUUAUACUGCCAUCUGAUGAUGACGGGGCCGGAGAAGAGGGUGGUUCGAGACUACAUAGUUCUAUGGGACGACACACUAUGGGGACCCCUUCUACUCAUCCUAUGCCAGAUAUGAGAGUUCAUGUACGCCAUACCCUUGCUGAUCACCCUGACCUAGUGGGGCUCAACCGUGGCUCCCCUGCAAUCUCCCGCCAAGAUGGCUCCAUCACUGUAGACAGACCUCCGUCAUAUAUGAAAUCUGGAUCAAGUCACGGCACCACCAGUCGAGUCUCAUUACGUGACAAUGAAGAUGGUGAGCAAAUACUCGUUAACCAAUCAGAUGACCUCAAUCAAGCUACACAGCCUCUUAUGCCCCAGUACCAAGGUAUAAUGUCUGAGGGGUCAACUUUUUCUCUCGAAAACACGAGACCCGAAUCUCAAAAUCUUGGUGAAUUUGUCAUUGAAGAUUCUGUCUCGCAAAUGGAGCCAUAUUCUGUGCACUCGAGGGGAGGGAGUGCAAAGAGUGGAAGAUCACGAUCUGCAGGGGGUAGUAGAAUUGCCACCCCUCUCAAUGAAAAUAACAAUGAGGAAAUUCAAGAGAUAAUAGAUGGGUUUGCUAGUCAGUUUGCUUCCCAGAAUGCAUCACGGGUCCAGUCAGCGAGUUCUUUUACCAAAUCUCGCUCUCCGACAAUAAGACAUGUGACACCAGAUAUUAUCGUUCCCAAAGAAGCCGAAAUAGAGGAACCAGCCUGGGGAAACACAGAAGAUGGAAGUGAAUACAAUGUUCUUAACCAAUCAGGGGCCAUCCCUGCUUCACUGCGGUCACCAUCUAGGCCCAGUACACGACCAAGCUCUGGUCAUGGACAUUCAGUUCCUAGUAGCCCUGGUUUGAAUAUUGAUAUUCCUCUCCCCCAUCCACCUGAAUCCCCUCACCCCCAAAGACAAGGAUCUUCUGGGGUGAGAUCAGGUGUUACCACCCCCGAAGCUGAACUUGCUCAACUUCCCAAGGAACAUCCACCAAGCGUCAGAGUACCAAGUGUCAAUGAGCCAAGCGUCCAUGAGCAUGAGCCAAGUGUCCAUGAAAGUGUCCACGAACCAACUGACAAAGUGCCAAGUGAACAUCCUCAAAGCCCUGCACCACCCAGUGAAAAAGCAGCCAGUAUUAAAGCUCCAAGUGAAAAAGCCAGAAGUGUUAAAUCUGCUAAACCCACCAAACAACCAUCAGCUCCACAGGCUGAUAAAGCACCACCUGCUAAGCCAAGACCUCCCGGAAGAUUGGCCAAAUCUCAGAAACCUGACAAGUCUUACAAAGACCCCUUAGGUAUCACAUCUGUAUCUAAUAAGACUCCUGAUGGAAAGAAAACCCCAAGAACUGCUGUACAGGAUACUCCAGUGGAACCGCCUUCUGUGAUGAACCUGGAUGAUCUGUUGAAACCAACGAGAGAAGAAGAGGAAAAACGGAAGCGAGAGGAAGCUGAAAAGGAGGCUGCACGUCUCGCAGACCUUCACGCGGCUGCUGCAGAGAAAGCCAAACAACUACAGAUGGAGAAAGAGCGAGAAGAAGCUAUCAGUCCUGUUAGAAAAGAUCUGGAUGAUAUCAAUGCUAUGGAGAAAAAAGUAUCAGGGAUGCUUAAGGAGACAGGAGAGGACAUGGGAGAGGGUUUAACUGCUGAAGAAUUGGAGCUACGUGCACAAAUGCUCAAGGAAAAGAUGGAGGAAGCAGAAGCAUUAAUGAUGGAAGCUGAUGGUGCUAAACCUGCUCAAAGAACACUAGGCAAGCCUCGUUCUGAAAAGAAAACGGGCAAGAAAGGCGGGAAGAAGGGCUCAAAAGGAAAGGGGAAGGAGAAAUCUGACGAUGAAUCCGUGAAUCUAAUUGCUCAGAAAGAGGCUCUUAAAGAACAGCGUCGUUUGGAAGCAGAGCGAAAACUUGAGGAAGAACGUCUGUUAAAAGAGAAGAUAGCUGAAAAGGAAGAGGAGAAAUAUCGUAAAAAACAGUUAGCCGAUCGUCAGGCAAGGGAUAUGGAACUAGAGAUGCGUGCCCUGGAAGAGCAGGCUGAAGAGGCUCGUCAGGCUGAGGAAGAGGCUAGAGAGGCAUUGGCGGAAACACGAAAGAAUUCCAGAGAAGAGCGAGAGGCACGACGUCAAGCAGAGAUUGAACGCAAAAAACGUGAUGCCCAGGAGAAAAGGGAAGAGGCGAGACGUGUGAAAGAGGCCGCAAGACAACGAGAACAGGAAAUGCUAAUGAGGAUGGCUGAUGCCGAUACACGUCGCAAAAUGAUGGAAGAGGAAAGAUACCGUCGUGAAAUGGAAGAGGAGGCCGAAGCUGAGCGAAUUGAGGAAGAAGAAAGGAGAGCAAUGCGGGAAGCUGAGGAGGAAGAAGAGAGAAUUGCAGCUUUGGAGAAAGCCGCUGAGGAAGAGGCGAUGGUAAGGUUGAUCAGAGAGCGAGAAGAGGCUGAGAAAAGGCAGAGGUUACUCAGAGAAGAGGCGGCAAAGAUGCAAGAGGAAGAGGAGAAGAAAAGAAAAGCAUUUGAAGAAGAGCAGCGCAGACUUGAAGUUGAGAUGAGGAAAAGAGAAUUAGAAGAGCAGGAAAGAAAAGAGCAAGAGAAGGAGAGAUUGUUAAAGUUGAAGCAACUCGAAGAAGAAGCCCAGGAUAAACUCCAUCAAGCUAUGGAAAAAAGACGUCAGGCUGCGAUGAAACGUCGUGAACAAAACUUAGAGCAACGUGCACAUUUGGAGAGUGUCAAACAUGGCCAGGGAAUGACAAAACCUUGGCUUUUCUCGUACUAUGUGCUUUGGCCUCGAGAGACUUAUGAGAAGUUAAUGGGAGUCGGAGAUGACAAGAAGAAGAAGAAACCCAAACCUAAAGCCAAACCUAAAUAGAGCAAGAUGUACAUUGUAAAACAUGUACCCCGUCCACAAUAUUUCUCAUUCCUACUGAAGAAGAGGAUGUUUUGUCCCCAUGGUUACUAAGAGGAUAUCUCAUCAAACGCUGAAAAAGUCUCAAUUCCUCCCUUAGAUAGUACAUGGACACAUAUUAAAUGCAAUGUACUGUUUACACACUAUUGUAAUCCCAUAAUUGCGUUUGAAACUUUAUGAGAGACUGACAUUAAUUGGUCAAUGAUAACAACUUUACAUUGCCUAUAUAAGGGAGGUUUUGGAUAUGCGGUUUAUCCAUAGGAAGAUGUGCAUAUCUCACGAGGGA